CGGGGGUCGCCCGAGCCCACUCGUGGCCCUGGGGCUCGGUUAGCCCGUGUGGCUCUCGCCAGUUGUAGGGCUCGACUGUAAUCCGCGAGGGAGUCGUGGGUACUGGCCGGACCUUCUCUGUAAAGACCGCGGGACGUGGCCUGGGGUACGGGGGGAACCCUACCUAGCCCAGCCGAGAAGUCAUUGACCAGAUCGUGUCGAGCAAGCCUUAGGGGUAAAGCCUGUUUUAGGAAUUUUUUUUUUUUUUUUUUGGUCUUGAGCAUCUUCUCGGGAACCUUACAGUUUAACUCCGAGAGAAGUGGUCCAGUGCCAUCCUGUGCUGUUGAAUGAUACAGCAUAUGUUUUCGUAGUAAAAGACUCCGUGUAGCUAAGGAAAGGGUGAGAAAUCCACUUCUCCCUUUCCAAAGCUGAAUUUUCGCGAUUGCUUUUGUCAGAUCUUGUACCCCUUUCUGACAGCAAGACUUCCCAUUUGAGACUUUAUAGAAAGAAAAAAGCAUUUCAGUACAGUUUGUAAUAUUUCAUGUCUUAAGAUAGAUACAGUGCAAUUUGAGACUUUUAAUUAGAACUGGUUUUAUUUUGUAAUUAAGUUUUGCCUUUAAGGCUGCAAAUCAAGGAAGAAGAACCUUUGAUUAUGUUGAAAGUUUUCUAAAUAUAAAGUCCAUUUUCUUUUUCUUGUACUUAAGAUUUCUUUAAGCUAGUUUCAAAUGACUACUAUUGUAACAUUUAAGACAGCAACUAUAAUAACAAAACAAAGUAUGAUUUUACUGUGAUAAACUAGUGAUAAAUUACGUAUAUUUGGCUAAGAUUAGAAAAUUUUUUAAUUGCACUUAAAAAAAUUUUACACUUACAAGUUGGUGAGAGGCUAACAGUACCACUCCACUCCAGUCAGGAGUUACAUAUAACAGUUUAGUACUAUAUGGAAAAAAUUGUUACGGUUAGGAGGGUCUUUAUGAUGAUUUUAUCCCAUUACUUUACCUCUUUCCCCAGAUGUUUUUGUGUACCACCAAACAAGCUAAUGUUCUUCAUUAUUUUACUUGAUAGGCUUGUCACAAAGUAUUGGGGGAAUUAUCUAGAAAUUCUACUACCUGUUCUGAAUCUGUUUUGUUGAUUGCCAUUGAGAUAAAUAGUAGAGCCACCUGCUGCUUUUAGAAAAAAAAAUGUUACUUUUUUUCCCUUUGUCUUCAGCAUUUAUUCAGAAAGUUCUGAGCCUUGCAUGCUUCUUAAGAAUUUAAAUCUGUAUCUUUAGCAGUUUAGAGACUACAUACAGCAUUAAUCUUUUUCUCUGAGUAUUCAGGUUUUAAUAUUUUUAAAUGAGGAUAUCAAAGUUUGGGGUUUACAGUUUGAGCCUGACCGUAAAAUGUGUCAGGGAAAUAGUUCCUAAUGUCCUCCUGUGUUUCCUUUUUUAAAGUUGUGCUUGCCUGUGCCAUUCUGUGACAUUCUGUGUCUGUCCCUAACAAAGGACUUUGCUUUGUGUUUAUUAAAGAGCACAGAAAAUGUGGUAUAAGGGAAAGAAUGAAGGAUACCUUUUUAUAGAAACCGUUUCACAAGGGAAGAAGUUGCUUUACUGACCCAGAAUAACAAAACCAAACUUUGUUAUCAAACUAUAUCUACGUUUAGCAUCUAACAUUUAUGGUGACUAUUUUUGUUUAGGGUUAGUUUUGACCUGUUGAUUGUUUUCAGCAGAUUAUUAUCACAGCAUACACAAAUUUUUCUGGGUCAGGGGCAUGGACAAGUGCCUAAUUCAAGAUUAAAGUUAUGCAUUUAGUUUAGGUUGUAAAAGCUAAUCGCAUGGUUAAUCCAAGGCUUCAUAAAGUUGGUUACUUUGUUCUCAUAAAGGCAGGAUUAAGCAGACUGAGCACACAGUAGGACAACAGACUAAGUACAUAGUCUUAAAUGAUCUCAGGGCAUGUUAUUAGCUUGGCAUCAAGGUCUGGCAGAAGUUUAGUCUCUUCAAAGCCUGGAUAUUUUCAGAAAGCUCCACAGAUUUUGUCUUAGUGUUUUGAUGCAGUGACUUAAAUUAACAUCUCUGAGGAUACAUACCUAACAAAAAACAAACAUCUCUAAGUAUGUAUAUCUUGACUGUAGAUAUUAGACUAAGGAUAGAGCCUGGUGCUUUUGAAAGUAUUAGAGAACUGGGUGACUUACUUGAAGCUUUUAUCUGUGUUGCAAACACAUCAAAGCUUUAGAUAAGCAUUGGUGUUGGGGAGGGUUCAGUGGUGUCCCACCUUAGCCCACAGAUCAGCAUCUACUCCACGUAACUGAACUUCACAUAGAGCCUUUGUAGAGGCCAUCUGCUUAGUACUGCCUUCCUCAGUCUGGGUUCUCAUUUUACUGUGAUUACAUUCUCUUUCUGCCAUAGGUGUUAGAGUGUUCUCUGCUUGAAAAGACUGGGAAUUCAUAAACAUAAAUGCUAUGCAGUUUAGCAAAGGUAGUCUGUAACUAAGCCAAAUGCUUACUCUGAAGCCCAGAGGCACGUGAAGUUGUUGUCCUGUCUCCGUUUAUCUUAAUGGUGGUUUUUGUUUUGUGAAGAGAAUUCUUGUAAUAAAAAUUAAUAAAAUCACAAGGUUUGUUUGCUUUGAUACCAUAAAGGUAAAUUGGUUCAGUUUCAAUAAAAGGAACCCAUUGUGUCUGCAUUUUUCAAGUUUAUGGGGAGGUAGCCCAGUCCAUGAUUAUCCAGAAAGAAGCUGUCAAGAAGAAGCAUAUUGGAAGGGCCUGUGUAAACUUCCUACAUCAUCUUUAUUAAAGGAUCGUUUUGGUUGUGUAUUCAGUCAGGCCACUCCUUCCAGCCUUAGUGUCUAGAGCUACUCUUCCCUCACUGUAAGGUUUUGUGCAGAGGAAAUGUAUAUUAGGUCUAUUCGCUGCCUGAUGUGUUUUAGUAUUUGUUAAGAAAAUGUGAUUUUUCAAUAAACUAAAGAACUUGGUGAUAAUUUGUAUUUAAAAAUCAGAUGGUGUUUUGAAAGGAUACUAUCUUACAGUGAAACUAAACACAUAAGCUCUUAGAUCAGAUAGGCAGUACAGUUUUAUUGCCAGGUAUGAAAUCUUGACCCUCCAGAUGAUCUGUAUUACCAUGUAAUUCACUUUAUUCAAUACAGCAUCAUUGAUAAUUGAAGCAUUACAUUAAACUCCAUUAACAAAUUUACUGAUACUUUAUGAUGUGUAGUAUUUGUUUACUAUCUUUUUGUUGGUUUUGUUUUUCAAAGCUGUUUCUCUGUAUAACCAUCCUGACUGUCCUGGAACUCGCUCUGUAGAUUAGGCUGGUUCCAACCUCACAGAGAUCACCUGCCUCUGCUUCCAGAGUACUAGGAUUAAAGACAUACACCACCACCAUCUGGCUGUUUACCAUUGUUUAGUGAAGCCGUUAAUCAUGUACCUUAAUUUAAUACUCUUUAUCUUAAUCUACUUUACAAACUUUCCCAUGAAGUUACAAAAAAAAAGUGUUCCCAGGGGUUCAGAGCUGUUACUGCUAGCAGGGGAUCUUUUGCUCUGCCUGCAUAUGAGUCCUGGGUAGGCAAGGAGACUCUUCCAUUGCCAGCAAUGCUGGUCCUGGAGUCACCAAGACCUAGGGUCUGGGCUGACACACCACAUGUAUAACAGUUAUGAGCCCCGAACAAUAUAGUUCUAUUGCUCCAGGCUUUUAUUUUAACACAAGACUGAAGCUCUACUGGGUCAUCAGGUUAGAAGUUCAUUGCUCCUGGCAUUAACUAUCAGUAGCCCCAGAACAGAGCAGCUUUUGUAAUCUGUAGGUUUGGGCAGCCUUAAACGGCAGAGGCAGGUGAUGCUCUUAAUAGUAGAGCUCACUUACAGAUUUUGGUUACUGAGAUCUUUGACUAGAGCAAAGAUGAAUGAGAUCUUCAUCCUGAUGACAGUGACUACUAGUGUUGACAGUUCUCAAUGCCCAGAAAGUUUGAGACCCUUAGCAGCUUCCUGGGACUCUCCUCAUGUCUUCAUGGCCCUUGGUGGCUCUCAUUUCUGCUCCCUGUUAUUUCUGUCAUUAACUCUGGAACCCUUCAGGUCUCCUUACUUCUGACUCCACUGUGCCUGGACUUUUCCCUUUUUUGUGUGUAACCAACUGAGCUUGUCCUAAUUAACAUAAAAAGUAAGAGAAGGACACUGGAGAAGCAUUUUAUUGGACCUAAUGAUUCAUACAGGUGGUAGCAAAGGAGCCCAUGCAAACACAGAAAUGUCUGUGCUAGGCAGGGCAAAGCCCCUUAUACAAAUGACGGAACUCUGCUGAUAGCCAGAACAGGCCUCUAGCUGGACCACCAGGGGAGGUGCUCCCCUUGUGGCCUGGAUAGGAACGCUGUGGGGACACGGGGAGUUCAUCAAAGCUUGUGAUGGCCAAAAGUUUGGAGCUUGUACUUGAGCAAGCAGGUUGGUUUCUGAAAGCACCUAUCUGUAGAAUGUUGAAGCGGUUGGUGCCAUAACUCAUUUAGCUGGAUAUGUGGUUGGCAGGCCUUUGCUCCGAGUAAUAGGGGCACUAGAAGACAGGUCUAACAUUUGUCUAAUUGGAGAGUCAAAUUGUUCCCACUGCCUACAUCUUGAGUUAGUUGAAGGAAAAAUAACCAUUGAAAAGGAUGCUUACAGUGUACAUUUACCCUUACAAUUAAUGGUGUUUCACAAUGCUUAACUCUUAACCCUAUGCCCCAAGGCGAGGUGCUGCCAUCUGAUUCACUUCAGAACCAUUUCCAAAGCAUUCUUCAAGUGCAGAGUGUUACAGUCAGUACUCCUGAAGAUGUUACUCUUGCCAUAAUUUGGUGAAGGAGGUGGCUGGCUACUUUUUGCCCUUAUCUAAAGAGUCUGCCUGAGGCUAAAGUGAAGAGUUUAGGAUUGAUUGCUUGGAAGAAAUUGUAGUACGAAUUAUAAAAACCCAGAGACAUACUGGGGUUCAAGCUGAAGAUCAGAAAAGCAAAAUAGCCAGCCAUUGAGAUUUCUUACCUCUACCAAGGCUCGGACAAUGGGGCAAUCCUGCAAUGCUCUCCACCAACCUCAGAUUCACACACUACUGAGUUCCCUGUCUCUUCCCAUUUAUAUUCUUCUCUGCCCAGCUUUAUAGCUCCUGUCUCCAGCUCUCUAGUGCUGGGAUUAAAGAUGUGUGAUCCCUAGUGCUGGGUGCACCUUUCUGUGAGCUCUGUUCCUCUUUUAGACAGAUUAAAUCUUGUAUAACCCAGGGUGGCUUUGAACACACAGAGAUCUACCUGCCUUUGUCUUCUAAAUCCAAGGAUUAAAGGUGUGUGGCACCAUUCCCUGGCCUGUAUGGCUUUGCCCUCGAUCUUCUAUUUAUUAAAACACAAUAUACCGCUGUAAGAAAUCUCAAGACAGCCUAGUAUAGACUUCUGGAUACUGGUGGUAACUAUGAUGAAGAUAAAGAGAAGGAGAGAGCCGAACAAGGAAAAAUACUUGAGAAAAAGGACACCAAGAUGUGGGAUGGAGCUAAAUCCUCUGUUUGAGGAGGGAAUUGGAUUAAGAGAUGUUAUAAAGGGAGUGGUGAUCUCAAGGCAAGAUCUCAGCCCAGCUUAGUUUCCAAUUUGUGAAAAGGGACUGAAGAAAAGCUUGGGAGCUAAGUGUGCUAGGGCACACCUUUAAUCCCAGUUCUAGGAAGGCAGUUUGAGGUCUUUUUUGUCUACAGAGCAAGUUUCAGGACAAGCAAGCCUAGGUGAAAGACAGCUGGUGAAGAUGUAAUUGAACAAGCAUGCCAUGUUCCAACCCCAGCCAGCAGCAGAUCUUGACAGCUUCAGCCACUUGGUUCUGAUUUUAGAGUUAAGGAUAAGAGGAAGGAGUUAGAAAAUAAAGCCCUGAGGCCAGGCAUGUGUCAGGGUGUCUCUGAAAGGUGCAGCCUGGAUUGCCUUGGACCCCAAGAUAUUAAGUCAAACAUGGGUUACCUGUCGAGGAGAGCUGCUAGCAGGGAAUGGAACCAGCCCAGAGAAGGAAGUGUGUUAGAGUCAAUAAAGCUUAACAGAGCUGGAAGAGUUGGAGAUCUAAAGAACAUUUUACACCAGACACGGGGCUGCAGAGUUGGGAGUUUACUUGGCUGGAUUUUGGUCUUGCUUUUCACCAGUAUUUCUUCACUGUGCUCCCUUCCUUGUGUUUCAGAAUGGUAAUACGUAUCCUGUGCCAUUGUAUGAUUGAAGUAUAUGAUCUGCUUCUUGGUUUUGAUCUUUAUAGGGGAAUUACAGUUAAGAGAUUGCCGUGUGUCUCAAAAGAGACUUUGGACUUUGAAACAAGUUUGAGAUUGGGAUAGCCUAUGGGGAUUUUUGAAGUUGGAUUGAAUGCAUUUUUGCAUUGUAAUAUAUCAAUAAGCAUUUGGGGCCACGAAGUGGAAUGUAGUGGUUAGAAAAAAAAAUGACUCCCAAAGGUAGUGGUACUAUUAGGAGGGGUGGCCUUGUUGGAGGAAGUGUGUCACUGUGGGGACAGGCUUUGAGGUCUCUUUUGCUCACACUUACAUCAAGUGUUAUUGUCAGUCAACUUCCUGUCGCCUGCAGGAUGUAAGACUCAGUUAUUUCUCCAGUACCACAUCUGCCUGCGUGCCGCCAUGUUCCCACCAUGAUGGUAAUGCAUUGAACCUCUGAAACCGUGAGCUAGCCACCCCGAUUAUAUGUGUUCUUCAUAAGAGUUGCCAUGGUCAUGGUGUCUUUUCACAACAAUAGAAACCAAACUAAGACACGGAUAUGUGUGUGCGUGUAUGUAAACUAAAAAUCUGGAAGGUAAUUAUUAAAAUGUUAAAGAGAAGUGGAUGAUUGUUAAUACUAUAUUGAUUCAGGAAAUCGCAAAAAUUAAAUACGUUCUUGCUGCAUUAAGUUACAACUCUCUGUGGUGUUCUGUAUUUCCCAUUUUAAGAAUAUCCUCUUAGUGAGUUUUCCUAUGCCAUAUAACUGCACUCCAUUUUCCAGUUUUGAAGCUAAACAAUCUCUGUCAUGUAGGGUCAGACAGACUAUGUUGCCUCCAGCUUCUCAUGAUCACCACCAGUAGUGUGUGCUUAGAUAGAGUUGACUUCUAAAAUAGGAAGAAAUGACAUUUUUUUUGAUAUUUUUUUCCUUUUUCUUUUAAGAUUCUUGACACUUAACUGCCCCAAAAUAUAUACCCGAUGGACAUGUGACCCUCAGAACUUUAGGUCAAUACUGAAAUGAAGAGGAGCAUGAGCAACUUAAUUCUUUUUUCAUUUUGACUUUAGAAAUCAAAUGUUACUUUGUCGUACUUCUCCCUUCUUGUUCCACCAGGUUAUUGUAGCCUAAUAAGUCGGGUUACCUUGGGUCAGCAUGGUGACAGAAACAUGCCAGUACUAGGAAGGCAGAGCCAGGGCAGUCUGGGCUCCAUCAUGAGACCCUGCUACGUGCCUCCCUCCCCCAGUCAUCUCUAUUUGGAACUAUAAGUGAAAGAGUGCUGCAGAUGCACAGGCAUGGAGGAGAAGCAGUCUGGAUGACCUGGGAGUGAUGCUGCUGGCCAGAGCACGGAGACGUGAUUCUAUGGGAAGGGCUGUAGCUAAUCCAUCCGUGGUCUAGAUUUGAGUAUGAGCACAGUUGAAGAGGAUUCUGACACAGUAACAGUAGAAACUGUGAACUCUGUGACGUUUACUCAGGACACAGACGGGAACCUCAUUCUUCAUUGCCCUCAGAACGACCCCGAUGAAAUAGACUCAGAAGAUAGUACUGAACCUCCGCAGAAGAGGCUCUGUCUGUCCUCUGAGGAUGACCAGAGCAUUGACGACUCUACGCCUUGCAUAUCAGUUGUUGCACUCCCACUUUCAGAAAAUGAGCAGAGCUUUGAGGUGACCAUGACGGCAACCACAGAGGUGGCAGAUGAUGAACUUUCUGAGGGAACUGUGACACAAAUUCAGAUUUUACAGAAUGAUCAACUAGAUGAAAUAUCUCCAUUGGGCACUGAGGAAGUUUCAGCAGUUAGCCAAGCAUGGUUUACAACUAAAGAAGAUAAGGAUUCUCUCACUAACAAAGGACAUAAAUGGAAGCAGGGAAUGUGGUCCAAGGAAGAAAUCGAUAUUUUGAUGAACAACAUCGAGCGCUAUCUGAAGGCACACGGAAUAAAAGAUGCUACAGAAAUCAUCUUUGAGAUGUCAAAAGACGAAAGGAAAGACUUCUACAGGACGAUAGCAUGGGGGCUGAACCGGCCUUUGUUCGCAGUCUACAGAAGAGUGCUGCGCAUGUAUGACGACAGGAACCACGUGGGGAAAUACACUCCUGAAGAAAUUGAGAAGCUCAAGGAGCUCCGGAUAAAGCACGGCAAUGACUGGGCAACCAUAGGGGCGGCCCUAGGAAGAAGUGCCUCUUCUGUCAAAGACCGCUGCCGGCUGAUGAAGGACACCUGCAACACAGGGAAAUGGACAGAAGAAGAAGAAAAGAGACUUGCGGAGGUGGUUCAUGAGUUAACAAGCACGGAGCCAGGUGACACCGUCACACAGGGCGUGUCUUGGGCAGCUGUAGCUGAAAGAGUGGGUACCCGCUCAGAAAAGCAGUGCCGUUCUAAGUGGCUCAACUACCUGAAUUGGAAACAGAGUGGGGGUACUGAAUGGACCAAGGAAGAUGAAAUAAAUCUCAUCCUAAGGAUAGCAGAGCUUGACGUAGCCGAUGAAAAUGACAUCAACUGGGAUCUGCUAGCUGAGGGAUGGAGCAGUGUCCGCUCACCGCAGUGGCUUCGCAGUAAAUGGUGGACCAUCAAAAGGCAAAUUGCAAACCAUAAAGAUGUUUCAUUUCCUGUCUUAAUAAAAGGUCUUAAACAGUUACAUGAGAACCAAAAAAACAACCCAGUGCUUUUGGAGACUAAAUCAGGAGCUGGAGUUCCAAACAGUAAUUGCAAUUCCAGUGUACAGCAUGUUCAGAUCAGAGUCGCCCGCUUGGAAGAUAAUACAGCCAUCUCUCCAAGCCCCAUGGCAGCGUUGCAGAUUCCAGUCCAGAUCACCCACGUCUCUUCCACAGACUCCCCUGCUGCUUCUGUUGACUCAGAAACAAUAACACUAAACAGUGGAACACUACAGACAUUUGAGAUUCUUCCAUCUUUCCAUUUACAGCCCACUGGUACUCCGGGCACCUACCUUCUUCAGACAAGCUCAAGCCAAGGCCUUCCCCUAACUCUGACCACAAGUCCCACAGUAACCCUGGCAGCGGCUGCUCCUGCUUCUCCUGAACAGAUCAUUGUUCAUGCUUUAUCCCCAGAACAUGUGUUGAACACCAGUGACAAUGUCACCGUGCAGUGUCACACCCCCAGAGUUAUUAUUCAGACUGUUGCUGCUGAAGACUUCACUUCUUCCAUCCCCCAAGCAGAACUGACAGCCGAUGGCGACCUGCACGCGUCCGAUUUUCCUGAGCCUCCAGACGCACUAGAAGCAGACACGUUCCCAGAUGAAAUUCCUCGGCCCAAGAUGACUAUACAGCCAUCAUUUAAUACUCACGUGUCUAAGUUCAGCAACCAGAAUAGCACAGAACUGAUGAACAGCGUUAUGGUCAGAACAGAGGAAGAAAUGGCCGACACUGACCUCAAGCAGGAAGAACCGCCUUCUGACUUAGCCAGUGCUUACGUUUCUGAGGAUUUAGAAUCUCCCACCAUAGUACACCAAGUUCACCAAACAAUUGAUGAUGAAACAAUACUUAUCGUUCCUUCACCACAUGGCUUUAUCCAAGCAUCUGACGUCAUAGAUACUGAGUCUGUCUUGCCUUUGACAACACUAACAGAUCCCAUAUUUCAGCAUCACCAGGAAGAACCAAAUAUGAUAGGGUCGUCUUUAGGCAGUCCUGUCUCUGAAGACUCCAAGGAUGCUGAGGACUUGGUGAACUGUCACUAGGUUAUCAGGGACAGCACUUCAAGUAAAAGAAGCCGCACUGCUGAUUAUAUUUUCUCCAAAGACAGGAGCAGUCCCAAGAGUUUUGGUUGCCAUUCCUCUGGCUUGUACGUAGCUGCUGUGCUUAAGCCGUGCACAUUGUUGCUGCUGUUACUUUUUACCUCCGUUAAGGUUAUCAUCUGAGGUCCAAUUUAUGACAGUGUGUUAUGCAGUAUAGGAAGUUUUAAUUGCCCAGAUCUGUUCAGUUUUAUAUCAAGAGGGAGUUGCAUUCACUGUAGCUACUUAAACCACCAAAGCUUACCUGCUCUGGUUUUUUACACGCAGUAACACUCAUCUCUGCAGUUAGACACUGUAUUCUGUCCAGACUCAAUUUGGCCUGGUUAUAGUUCAGGUUAUAUUAUCAACAUGGUCCAGCUUAGUCAGCAGUGACCUUCAGGAAGAUUGUCUUAGGCGUUUAAGACAAGACCAGCAUUUAUAUGAGAACAUGGGAAGUGGUUGUGAAGGUUACUCUGGUUACCAUUGCUGGCAGUGGGGGCUGAGAGGCAGGAUGAAGAGGAAAGCAUUAAUUAAAGAGUCCAGAAAAUUCACUACAGGUCUUUGAUCUUUAACUCUUAAAGGGAAGGUAGUGAAGUAACGAAACCCACUGUAGCAAAGCAGUUAUCUCCCCUCAGAGACAGCCAGUACUCUACAGUUAGCACUUUGAAGUCAGUGAGGGGAGGGGUAUCACCUGUGUUUGAGAACCAUGACUUUACUACAUGGUUUACUCUAUCAACUGCCCAGAAGAUAGUUGAGGGGUAUUAGAGUUUGAUGUUCACUUAGUGCAUUACCUGUUGGGGGUACAGGAUAGCUUCUCCCUCAGGCACUUUCGACAAACAGAAUUUGCUUCUGUAUCAAAAGAGUCAUUCCUAAGGGCACCGCCAAAACAAGCCGAGAGGGCUUUAAUGAUAUGGUCUUACAGAAAAGUCAAAAAAAAAGAGCCUUGUAUAAAUUAUUUUAUUUAUUAUUGUAAUUAGAUCUUCACAAUCAGAGUUGUCUUUUCACUAUCUGUUUUAUUAAUGUGAAACUGUAGUAAUAAGCAAAAGUUGGUUGCCUAGGGAACAAUAAUUGUAUAUUCAGUUUAACAGAAAUAAAAGAGUAUUUGUCUUAAAAUGAAA